AUUUGCCCGCUGAUAUCACAGACGAAGACUUUAAAAGACUAUUCGCUAAAUAUGGGGAGCCAGGAGAGGUUUUUAUCAACAAGGGAAAAGGCUUUGGAUUCAUUAAAUUGGAAUCUCGGGCUCUUGCAGAGAUCGCGAAGGCGGAGUUGGACGAUACCCCGAUGCGGGGCCGGCAGCUCCGCGUUCGCUUUGCCACACACGCCGCUGCCCUGUCGGUGCGGAACCUCUCGCCCUACGUGUCCAACGAGUUGCUGGAGGAAGCUUUUUCCCAGUUCGGUCCGGUGGAAAGAGCUGUUGUGAUUGUAGAUGAUCGAGGUAGAUCAACAGGAAAAGGCAUUGUUGAGUUCGCAUCAAAGCCAGCUGCCAGGAAAGCCUUUGAACGGUGUACUGAGGGGGUGUUUUUGUUGACAACCACUCCCAGGCCAGUUAUUGUGGAACCAUUGGAACAAUUGGAUGAUGAAGAUGGUCUUCCAGAAAAGCUUGCUCAGAAGAAUCCGAUGUAUCAAAAGGAAAGAGAGACUCCUCCCCGUUUUGCUCAGCCUGGCAGUUUUGAAUUUGAAUAUUCCCAGAGAUGGAAAUCUUUAGAUGAAAUGGAAAAACAGCAGAGAGAGCAAGUGGCAAAAAACAUGAAAGAUGCCAAGGACAAACUUGAAAGUGAGAUGGAAGAUGCUUAUCACGAGCACCAGGCAAACCUCCUGCGUCAAGACCUCAUGAGGCGCCAGGAGGAGCUGAGGCGGAUGGAGGAACUCCACAAUCAGGAAAUGCAGAAGCGCAAGGAAAUUCAGCUGAGGCAGGAGGAGGAGCGUCGCCGGCGGGAAGAGGAGAUGAUGAUCCGUCAGCGGGAGAUGGAAGAGCAGAUGAGAAGGCAGAGGGAAGAGAAUUAUAGUAGAAUGGGUUACAUGGAUCCAAGGGAGCGAGACAUGAGAAUGGGUGGUGCUGCCACAAUGAACAUGGGAGAUCCUUAUGCUUCAGCAGCCCAGAAAUUCCCACCUCUGGGAGGUGGUGGCGGCAUAGGUUAUGAAGCUAAUCCAGGAGUUGGCCAAGCAGCCAUGAGUGGUUCUAUGAUGGGAAGUGACAUGGUGAAGAUGAAAGCUGAGUGACACCGGAGUGCUCAUCCAUGGGAAUUGAGGAGCCGAGCAUGAGCACAUCCAGCACGGUGCCCAGUGGCGUGUGGAGGGACCAAGGGAACAGGUGGACGAAAGGAGAAGUCUGAUUGCAGUGAAGAGGAGCCAGGAAGAUACAAAUCUUAAAAAUAAAACAUUUUACUAUUUUUAUAAA